ACGUCAAAGUCCCUUAUCGAUGAUGCAUCGCGGAGGUGCAUCGCUGAAAAAUAGAACCCCGCAGAACACUUUCUCAACGUAAACAGAUUCUAUGAGACAAGGAAAUUUAAGUUGGAAAUACCGCGACUAACUUAAUUAAUGUUAGAUUUGAAUGUUUAUACAUAGCAGCGAACGCUGGUUAUAGUGAAUGUGAUAAAGUGAUAAUAACUUCACAAAACGAAAGUGCGAUUCUUCAAAAUUUGUCAACAUAUAAAAUGGUCGAUCCAAAUUUCAUUGAAAUAAAUGAAAUCAAAGGAUUUGUUACUUUCUUGCAGAGUAUUGACUGGUAUGACCCAUGGCUUAUCGGAUUGAUAGCGUUCCAUGUCGGCAUAACGUCGACGGCAUUGCUGACUCGGAAUUGUGGCAAUUUUCAAGUCUUCCUGUUCUUCGUUUUGUUAUUGAUGGUUUAUUUUUCUGAAAGUAUCAAUGAAUACGCUUCCGUGAAUUGGAGGAUUUUUUCAAAGCAACAGUAUUUCGACGACAAAGGCCUAUUUAUAUCGAUAGUAUUUUCUGUGCCGAUUUUGCUCAAUUGCAUGCUGAUGGUGGGAAGUUGGUUGUAUCAAUCCACUCAACUGAUGGCACGUCUCAAAACGGCUCAACUGCGACAACAAAUACGCCAAUCGAAUAGUCGCCAAAGGAUAAAAGCAGACAAAGAAGAAUGAAAGAACAUUUACCGGCCCUUUUCGAUAUAAAAAGCGAACAAAAUAAACCCAAGUCGUAUAUGUUAGACUGUUUUAACACUUGAAACAAUUAGUGUAAUAUAACGUAAUAGCAAAUCAUGGACAUAGUAUCAAAUACUAGGAAUUGUAUCCAAAUUCAAUCCCAACAUCUCAUGAAUAAACCACUACUUACAUCAUCACAAAGAAAACUGGUGAUUAUGUGCCUACGAAUGUUGUGAAGUUUCAAAUUUUUGGCAUUAAGUUUCAAAGUGAGCGGAGUCAAAUUGUCAACGUGAAGCGACGGAACUAUGUGUCAUAAAGAAUAUUGCAAAAAAUGUCAUUGUGGUAGGAGAAAUAAUUUGAUGUUAAAUAUACGUUCGGCUUGCAAAUAUCUUAUUUUUUUAUGAAGAGAAAUUUGAUUUACUACCACAGACACAUUACCGCCAUUGUUCAUAAAAAAUGUAAAUCUUUAGUAGUUUAAACGGUCAUAAAAAAAGCAUUGAUCUUAAUAGAUUACAGAAUAAACACAAUAAAAAUUGUUUUGAUAUCCAUGAGAGAUUGUAGCUGAUUAUAGUUCAUCGCGAAGUAAACCAUAAAUCUGAAUGUAAAGAAUCAGAUGGAUUACAUUUAGAGGUCGUAUUUUGCAAUUUUAACAUCAGUAUCACUAGUAUGUAUACCUAGUGAAAUUCUGCCCCCGAACGCGAGUUAAGUUUUUGUCGCUUUGAUUAAUAUUCCAAACCGAUCACUUAUCAGCUAUUCAGAAUUAGACGACAAGCUUUAUAGUCUAUUCAGUUUACGAACAUUUACGAGGUAUUUGAUAAAUGACAAUAGGAAAUUAAAUUGAGUGAACUUUGACAUCAAGAAAAUCUUCAUCAUGUCAAAUACCUCGUAAUCGUUAUCGUAAUCUAAUAGGCUUUUUCCAUAUGAUAAUAAGUAACUUGAUGUUAGUGUUAUUAAAUGUCAUGGAAAAUCAUUUGUAUAAUUUACAAAAAACUUUUUUUCAGAAACUGUCAUUUGUUGUUUGUUAAACAGGACAUUGCCGGAACUUUUUAAUCUGAGAUGUGAGAACCAGAGCCAGCCAUUUAUUAUAAUAAAUAUCAUGAUAAAGAGUAACUUUAAUGCCAAUCCACAUACACUCAAACUUUUCUUUCUUCGAUAUUUAUUAUAAUAACUGGCGAUAUAUGAAUAUGCUAAUAAACUUGGAAUGGAGGGAAUCGAUUUGUGUCAAGCCGAUGUGAUAGUGUUCUACCUAUAUUAUGCUUAGAUUGCGGGCUUGAAACAUUUGGGACUCAAUUCAAUUGUCGAUCUUGUUGGCCGUAUUCUACGAGUGGACUUACGUAUGGAUGCUCUCAAUUGAAUUCAAAUGAAAACGACUAGGUUUACGUUAUUUUACUUGGAGAAUAAACCCAUCGAAAUUACAAGCUAUAACUCCGUAGUUUCAACGUAAAGUUAGCGCAAUUUUUCAAACUUCCAGCUUCAAAUAUUUUGUAAUUCGAAUAUCAAUCAUAAUAUGAUGCCGUAAUAACGAUAAAAAUACCUAAUGACGUUAUUAUUUGAGUUUAAUUGCAUAUAUAUGAAUGUGAAAAACUAUUCUAACGUAUAACAAAUUGAAACACUCAAAGCUCGUAAAACGUAGCUCGCUGAGGUUGGAGUCGGAUCAGGAUUUAAUAAUUGAAUGUACUGAUAUAUCAGCUAUAGCAGCGAUUGGAUUCACCUCAUGAAUAAUAAAAUACGGAAUUUAUGACGAAAUUGUAUCAACUCCAUAUUAAAUAAAACUUCAUGGCAGAUCUUAGGUUGGAUUUCCCAAAAGAGCAAGAGAACCACAAAAUCACAUAAUGAAUGGCUUCGAGUAUUUUAGAGAUAUCUUACGUUUGCUGCCAUGAAACUUAAUCAAUGGCCGUAAUUUUCCAAGUCAAUCAAUUAUUAAAAAUAUGCGGUAACAAUAAUCAGCACAUAUUAAGAUCGGUAUACCUCAUACUUAAUUGCUAAAAUAUUUUGUUUGUGCUUAAUGUGAUUGUUUUGAUAUUGAUAUAAUCUAAAUUGCUGUUAUCGAAUAUACAACAGACACACAGUGUGAUGUAGGUUAAUAGCAUACAGGUGACUUGAAAUAAACGCUUGGAUUUAUCACAAA